AUGGAUAAUGAAGAGCCUGGGCGAAAACAAAAAAUAAGCAUGCUUCUGACCUUAAAGAACAUACAGGAACUAAAAGACUACCACGAGCGAGGACUUUUCCCCGUCUUUAAUACAAGAUUCCAAAAGCGAGAUUUUAAGAAGAAAGCAAAAAUGUUCAUUACCACCAAUAAGGGCAUGCUUAUGAGGGAGGUAAAUGGGGUGUUCCUAAUGGCAGUUGCAAACAACGAUCUGGAGCGCAUCCAUAGUAUAUGCAGAUACGCCCAUGACAAAUCCAACCACUGCAAAACUGAGGACAGCUGGAAGAAGAUACGCACACACUGGAUGGGCUUUCGGAAAAAGCACAUAGCGGACUGGAUUUCCAAGUGCACAACAUGCCAGUCAGAAAGCCGCGCUGCAGUCGAGGCAAAGCCCGCCAAGAAUGUCGUGCCGCAAAUCCGCCCUGUCUCCACCACCUUCUCUAUGGAGAGGCUGCAGGUUGACUGCAUAAGCAUGAAUGAGUACGCAAUGCACAACGACGGGUUCUAUUAUCUUGUCCACUGCAUGGAUGUCCACUCGCUCUACCACUUUGCCUUUCCCCUCCAAAGAAAAGAUCCGCGCGAGUUUGCGCAGUGCCUUGUUGCCUUGCUUGGGAAGGAAGGAUGGCCCCACAUUAUUCAAACAGACGCAGACAUGAUGUUUUUCUCCGAUGAAUUAUCCAGCUUAUUUGCCUUCAACCAAGUCCUUCACAUAUACCAAACAAAUGAGUACUCCCACUCUCUGUCCAUAAUCCGAAGGACAAGAUCUGCUUUAAAAAAGAAGCUUAUCAAGAGAAUGAAGGCCAAAGAGUGCCUUUACAGGUGGAUUUCAGUUCUUUCAGACGUUCUUUCAGAGUGGAACAAUGAAUUCUCUCUAAGCAUUAUGGGCAAGCCAAGAAACUUCUUUAAAACCCUCCCUCCGGAUAUAGAUCGGUAUAUGCAUCUUCCAGUUGACUCUGCGCCUUCUCAGUGA